UUUUAUUUUAUUUUAUUCUAUUCAAUUCUAUUCUAUUAUACUAAGAUCUUGUUCAUGAUUUUCUGAAGAAUUAAAUGUUACACAUGAAUUUAUCUAUUACAAACAUUUUUAGAGGUUUGAAGAGUACAAAAUGUGUGCUUCAGAAAAAAGCACACGUGUUAUUAUUCCGUGAUGUAAACAAGCAAGUAAGAUAUAAAAGCACAAUGACAAGACCUAAAGCUAUCGAAACCAAUAAAUAUCGACGAUCAGAGGAAUCAAUUGGAUUAUAUGGAUAUAGCUUAUUGAGUGUACCUAUUGCUGCUUUUGCCCUUGGCACAUGGCAAAUUAAAAGAUGGCAAUGGAAGCUGAAUUUAAUAGAAAAACUAAAACAACGUACUUCAACAGAACCAAUAAAUCUGCCAUCCGACUUAGAUGAACUGAAGAAUAAAGAAUAUUAUCCUGUAAAGGUAAAGGGUAAAUUUCUAUAUGAAAAGGAAUUUCUGAUAGGGCCUAGAAGUCUUAUUCUAAAUGGAGAGGCUGUCAGUGAAAGAGGCGGUGGAGUAUUUUCUAGUAAAUCAAACACAGGAUAUUAUGUGAUUACGCCUUUCGAGAUAGAAAAUCGAGGCUUGACUAUUAUGGUGAAUCGUGGAUGGAUUCCUAAAAAUGAUCGCUCAACGUUUAAAAUGGACAAUAAGAUUACAGAUUCUAUAGAAAUUGUCGGUAUUGUUAGAACAGCAGAAAAGCGACCACCAUUUAUACCUGACAAUGCUCCUGCGAAAGGAGUAUGGUAUUACAGAGAUUUAGAUGCUAUGGCAAAGAUGGCAGCCACAGAGCCUGUAUAUAUAGAAUUACUGUUCGGAUAUGGUACAUCCCAUGGUCCUAUUGGUGGCCAAACUAAGGUAACUUUAAGGAACGAGCAUUUAAGUUAUAUAAUCACUUGGUACACGUUGUCUGCAAUCACAAGUUACAUGUGGUUGAGACAGUUUGUGCAGAAAUUACCUCUUUUGUAAUAAUAUUUCUUAGAUAUCUAUCUGACACAUAUAAAAAAAUGUAAAAAUCAGAAUAUAGAAAUUUAGUUAUACAUUGUUAUAGAGUAAAUUUAUUUUUUGAUUACAUGCCAUAUUUUCAUUGUUCUAUUUUGCAUUAUGGAAGGAAAAAUUUAAAAAGGUAAUGAAUUUUGAUUUGCGCAAAACAGGUAUAGAAUUGGGAAAGAAAUUAUAGUUUGUAGAAUUAUUUAUUUUAAUCACUGUGAUCCAUCUCUCAUAUAAGAGAAAUAUCAUAUAAAUGUUCUCUCAAGGAAAAAAAUGUAAAUUUCUGUCAUUGAUAGUAACAAUAAUGGUGAUCAUCACUUCAAAUCAUCACUAAUAAAAUUGUUAACGAGGUUGUAGUACACACAAUAUACUUCCAUGAAGUUAGCAUAAAA